AUGACGUUAGCUAUUGGGAUUGGAGCUAAAAAAAGACGAACAAAAGCCUUCAGAUACGGCUACAUUUUGACUACGGGCUUGCUUGAAGUUGCAAUUUCAAGUGCUCCUUUCAGUGAACGUAUAAAAACUUUAAGCACAACUACGUAA